CCGCGGGGCCGGGCGGAGCUCUGUGCGCAGCGCGGCCGGGGCGGAGGCAGCGCCACAGCAGCAACCGCAGCCGCACCCGCGAGCGGAGGGACAGCCCGGCGCCAUGAAGUUCCAGUAUAAGGAAGACCACCCGUUCGAGUACAGGAAAAAAGAAGGGGAGAAGAUCCGGAAGAAAUACCCCGACAGAGUCCCCGUAAUUGUGGAAAAAGCACCCAAAGCCAGAGUACCUGACUUAGACAAAAGAAAGUAUCUCGUGCCUUCUGACCUCACAGUUGGUCAAUUCUACUUCUUAAUCCGAAAGCGGAUCCACCUGAGGCCGGAAGAUGCUUUGUUCUUCUUCGUCAAUAACACCAUCCCUCCCACCAGUGCUACCAUGGGCCAGCUGUAUGAGGAUAACCACGAGGAGGACUAUUUUCUCUAUGUGGCCUACAGCGACGAGAGCGUCUAUGGCAAGACCUCCACAGUAGAUGAAACAGAAGAACCUAACAAGAAGAAAAAGAACAUAAAUGUGAGAAAGGAGGAAGCUGAAAUGUAACAGUAGAACAGGUGG